AUGCCAGGGUACAGCUUGUUAUUCACUGACCAGCUCCGCAAAUCUUGCUACUGUCCAAUCUGUCGUCUGCCCAUGCGUGACCCUGUGGUUGUCCAGACUUGUGGUCACCGUUUCUGCGAUACUUGUCUUCAGGAAUCCCUCAGCGGCGGCAUCUUCAAGUGUCCGGAAGAUGAGAAGCCUAUAGAUUAUGCCAAGUUGUACCCGGAUAAGACUGUGCAGACUGAGAUCAUGAACAGCGUGGUGCGCUGUACAUACCAGAGUGACGGCUGUAAGUGGACGGACACACUCGUCAGUCUGCCUAACCACCUACAUUCAUGUCGAUUCGACUCUGUGCCUUGUCCCAACAAAUGCUCAGCAAAACUAACAAGGUUUAACCUGGAUGACCAUGUGGAGUACCUGUGUCCCAAGCGGAAGGUAGUUUGUGACUUCUGCCAGCAGGAGUUCAGUGGAGAAUACAUGGAUCAGACUCAUGCAGGAAACUGCCAGAAAGAAAUUUUGUGGUGUGAGAAUAAAUGCGGAGCCAAGCUGGAGAGGAAGUUCCUGGCGACUCACAUGAAAACAGAGUGUCACAAGCGGACAAUGCCCUGCUCCUACUGUAGCCGGGACUUCUUGUAUGAGACUCUACAGACACACCAGUACCAGUGUCCCAGAUACCCAGUGAUGUGCCCUAACAGAUGUGACCCCGCCAAAAUUCCCCGGGAGAAUGUGGAGAACCAUGUCCAGGAGGAGUGUCCGUCUGCCACCAUCAGCUGUCCCUUUAAGAGUGCAGGAUGUCAACACAAG